AUGAAGACCUGCCUUGUGCUUGUGUUCCUCUGGGGGUUUUCCUGUGCUCUUCCGGUAACCAGGUAUCAAUAUGCUGAAUCUAAAAGCUCUGAAGAAUUGAAGGGUCAGUUGGCUCAGACACCAACACCACCCUCGGAGAACAGUGAGUCAUCAGAAGAAAGUAAAGUUAGCUCAGAGGAACAGGACAGUGAAGACCCCAGUGAAAGCUCUGAAUCAGAGGAGGGCUUGGGUCCUGAUGAUCAUCAAUAUGUCUAUAGACCAGCUGGUGGCCUCUCUAGGAGCGGAGGAAAAGAAGGAGAUGACAGAGAUGACGAUGAAGACGACAGUGGAGAUGAUACCUUUGGUGAUGAGGAUAAUGGCUUAGGCCCUGAAGAGGAACAUGAAGGAGCAAACACCAGACUCGAAAGUGAUGAGAACUCUUCUGACACCACAGAAUCCAGGGAAGAUAGCACUCCACAAGGGGAAGACAGUGCCCACGAUACUACCAGUGAGAGCAGGGAGCUCCACAAUGAGGAUGAGGUGAGCAGCAGGCCUGAGGGAGAGGACUCUGCCCGUGAGAGUGAGAGUGAGGAGCGCUGGGUAAGAGGCAAUAGUGAGGGAGACAGUAGCCAUGGGGAUGGCUCUGAGUUUGAUGAUGAAGGAAUGCAGAGCGAUGAUCCAGACAGUGUCAGAAGUGACAGGGAUAACUCUAGAAUGAACAGUGCUCGCAUCAAAUCAAAAGAUUCCAAAGGGAACGGUGAUGAGCAGCCAAAUACUCAAGAUACAGAUGGCAGCCAAUCAGUAGACUAUCCCAGUAGAAAAUUUUCAAGGAAGUCCCGCAUUUCUGAAGAAGAUGACAGGAGUGAGCUUCAGGAUAGCAACACAAUGGAAGAAGUCAAGAGUGACUCCACAGAAAACAGCAGUUCCAAAGAAGAUGAUCUCAGCCAAUCCCAGGAAAACAGCCAGACAGAUUCUCAAGAAGACAGCAAGGAGAGUCAGUCUCAGGAAGACAGCCCAAGUGUACAAGACCCCAGCAGUGAAUCUAGUGAAGAGGUUGACCUCCCAUCUCAAGAAAAUAGUAGUAGUGAAUCUCAGGAAGAGGUAGUGAGUGAGUCAAGGGGUGAUAACCCAGAUCAAAACACUGCCAGUCGUUCAGAAGAAGACCAGCAAGACAGUGACUCCAGUGAGGAAGACAAUUUGAGCAAGCCCUCCAAUUCAGAAAGUGAAUCCAAAGAGGAACAAGCUGACAGUGACUCCAAUGAGAGCUUCAGGUCCUCAGAGGAAAGCUCAGAGUCCUCUGAGGAUGAGAAUAGUUCGAGCCAGGAGAGUCUGCAGUCUCAGAGUGCCUCUACAGAAAGCCAGAGUCAGGAAAGCGAUUCUGAUCAGGACAGCCAGUCUGAAGAAGGAGAUGGCAGUGAUUCUCAGGACAGAAGCAGAUCAAAAGAAGACAGCAACUCUACUGAGAGCAAAUCAAGCAGUGAGGAAGACAACCAGUCCAAAAACAUUGAGCUAGAAAGCAGAAAAUUAACAGUUGAUGCUUAUCACAACAAACCUAUUGGGGAUCAAGAUGACAAUGACUGUCAAGACGGUUAUUAG